AUGAUUUUGAAAACAUUGAAAUCACUAUUUUCAGAAUCAUCAUCCCGUACUAGCAAAUCAUCAGCUAUUGAUCAUUCAUUAGAUUAUUUGGAUUCGGAAGAUCUUUCGGAACAAACUUGGACAUGGCUCCCGUCCGAAAUUAUUGGUCAUAUUUUAGAAUAUUUACCUCCUUUUUUCAACAUUCAAGUGUGUUCCCUGAUUUGUAAACAAUUUAGAAGAUCAUUGAAAGAUAUUGAUCUCUACGGAGUAGAUUUUUCAUUGUUUUGGUCGGGUGAUGCAAACCGUACAUUCAACAACAAGAGAUGUUUAGAAAAUCGUUAUGCCGAUCGAUUUGUAGACAUUCAACUUCCGUUUUGGAUCAUUGGUAAAGAUGAAGAUGUAAAGUGCAUUGUCCAUUGUCCCAACAUGAAACGGUUGAGACGGUUAGUCAUGAAUGGAGGACGUUCUGGUUUUUUCCGAACCGAUUCAUUGGCAUUGUCAAUAAUUGGAAAGAGUUCCGUACUGACCGAAUUACAGGAAUUGGAAUUUAAAUUCCAUUCCUAUGGUAUCACCUCGAAUGAAACAACAAAUAUGGAGGAUUUGAUCACGAGUGCAUCCAUGAAGAAUAUUACAAGUUUAAAUUUUGAACAAACGUUUAUUAUGGACACAGGAGUGAGGAUUUUAUUUUCAGACAAGUCAUGUUUGGAUCAAUUGAAAAGGUUGGUACUGGAUGCAAGUGGAGUUGGCAAUGAAGGCAUUAAGGCAAUGUGUGCCAGUGAAAAAUGUAAAAAUUUAACACAUCUUAGUUUGAGACGUAUUGAUCUUGGCCCACAUGCUAUAGUUCUUUCAUAUUUGGCAUCGAGUCCAUACCUGACACAAUUAACACAUCUUGACAUGUCUUCAUGCUUCUCACAAACUCCGUCCUAUGAAUCCAAAGAAUAUGAAAAAAUGUUUUCGUCAAGUCAGAACCUUAUUCAUUUGAAAACGUUGAUCUUGUCCAUGAACAGGUUCACACAAAAUAUUUUUCAAGCAAUACCCAAGUGGGAUUAUUUAGAGAGAUUGGACAUUUCGAGUACAGAAAUUGGAGAUGCUGGUAUUCAAUUAAUGACCAAGAGUCCAUCUCUUCAUUCACUCAAGCAUUUGGAUAUUUCUAAUUGCAGAAUUGGAGUUGUUGGAGCGAGUGCUAUUUCUAAAUUUAACAUGCCCUACUUGAAGUCGCUUAAAAUGAAUAGCAAUAAGAUUUCCAAUAAGGGAAUGGAACAUUUUUGUAAUAGUCGUUUAUUGUGCUCUGGAUUGGAAGUAUUGCAAUUGAAUGCCAAUUAUAUAGGAAUUGAAGGAGCAAUUAUGCUGUCUAGAGUUGAGAAGAUUACACUUUUCGAAUUGUCUCUUCUCGACAAUAAUUUUGGAAAGCAGGGGUUUGAGGCAAUCAUGUCCAAUGACAAGCUGUUAAAGAUUGUCAAGUUGGAUGAAAUCAAGGAACCUCUUUCAAAAAUCGCCCCCCUCUCCCUGUAUGAUAUUGAAUAA